UGAGAGACGCGUAAUAUGGCGGGGAGAAGGAGGAGAAGGCGGCGGCGGACCCAGUUGCGCUGUGUCAGAACCAAUUGAGCCUUCUACUUCCUGACAAGGCGGGUGUCGAGGGGAGAGAAGCGAACCGGGCGGCGGAGGAUCAGAGUGACUGUGGAAGAUGGAGGGAUAUGAGGAGUUCUGUGAGAAGGCUCUGGCUAGAAUCCGAGAAACAUCCCCGACUUCAAACAGCUUUCUGCUUGCUCCGUCUGACAGCAUCUCACUGAUUCGCUUCCAUGGUGUAGCUGUGCUUUCCCCACUGCUUAACAUUGAGAAGAGGAAGGAAAUACAAGAAGAAAAGCAGAAAGCACUUGAUUUAGAAGGAAGAAAACAGGUUAACAGGAAGAAAGCCUUACUGACUCGGGUCCAGGAGAUUCUUGAAAAUGUUCAGGUUAGAAAAGCACCUAACGCCAGCGAUUUUGACCAGUGGGAGACUGAAACCAUUUUCUCCAAAUCAGAAGUCAGAGACUGGAAUGAGCCUGCUGCAUUUCCAGAUGGCUUGCCAAGCCCUGCAGAGCACUCUCCUUCAUCAGAGCUUGGCAAGAUGACGGAAAUGCUGCCAGUGGAUAAUGAGGACCAGGGCAAACCUAUCGGCGGGGACUUAGCUAGAGAUUCAGGGGAAUUUCAUUCUCUGAAGCAGUGCGAUAAUUCAGACAUUAGUCUUGCAGACACUGAAGCAUCUCCGAAGACCUCCUCAGCAACCCCACCACACACUGUCACGUCUGAUGGUCUCUUCUUAGCUGAUGAAGAACAUGAUCCAUCACUUCUGGCAGAAGUCACCCUGGAUCCCUACAUAAUGAGCCUGCAGAACCUGAUGAGAAAGUCGAAGGAAUUUCUAGAAAGAGAACAGUCAAGGCGCAGUCUGAGAAGUAGUGCUAAGAGGAGUGUUAGUGAGAGUAAUUCAGACAAAGAAAACGAUGCUGCUGAGGUGGGUGACUCUGUGAAGGACAAGGCCCCACUGACAGGCAAACCCUGUGGCUUAGCUAUUCCCGACAAGCCAAGCCUUAAUAAGUCCAACAUUCUCCUCCAGGGUGCCUCCGCUCAAGCAAGCACCACAAAGACAUCGGUUUUACCCAGCUUUUCUAAAGUAGACAUCCCUAUACGAACUGGCCAUCCCACUAUUUCACAUUCUGAGUCUGAUGUUAAAGUUAUUCCUGCUUUCAUUACUGAAAAUCACAUCAUCAGAAGCCUUACAGACUCAUAUGCCAAAUUACCUAGUCCAGAGCCAAGUCUGAGUCCCAAAAUGCAUCGAAGGCGUUCCAGGCCUUCAUCAGCAUGUCACAUACUUAUAAACAACCCAAUAAAUGCUUGUGAAUUAAGCCCUAAAGGAAAAGAGCAGGCAGUGGACAUGAUUGUUGCAGCUACCGAUGACAAAACAAAUGUACCUGAAGCUGUGCCAAAGCUACCUACUGAGGCAGCAGGCGUUUGCUUGAGCAGGACUUAUGUCAGCAAAAACUCUUCUGAAUCCACGGAGGAUAUGGUUGUAGGUAAAUCAAGUCAGGCUUGUCAGUCUUCAGGAGAUCAGUUAGGAAAUAAAGUUACUCCUGGACUUGCUACCAUAGAAGAUCAGUUGGCAUCUGAUGAGAGAGGAGCACACAAAGUGAAUAGUUCUUGUGCUGUAGGCCCUAAGCUGCACGAGCUUCGUGUCACCAGUCAGUGUGUAGCAGGUCAUAGCUUUGGAACCGUGAGUGGACCCAAGUCAGCCCAUGUGUUAGAGAAAAACUCCUGCAAUUUACAAAUGGAACUGAAUAAGUCCUAUGAUGUAAAAAACCCAUCUCCUUUACUGAUGCAAAACCAGAAUACCAGACAGCAGAUGGACACACCUACAGUGCCCUGUGGAAAUGAGCAGUUUUUGGAUAACAGCUUUGAAAAAGUUAAGCGGAGACUUGAUUUAGAUAUUGAAAGUCUGCAAAAAGAAAACUGCCCUUAUGUCAGAACAACUGGAACAGCUGAAGAGGAAAGGCAACACUUGCCAGAGAAAAGAUUCCCCAAGGGAUCCUUCUUCCUGGAUAGGAAUAAAAUGUUAGAGACUAGUACCAAAGAAGGUGAGGAGGUACUAAAAAGCAGGAUGUUAGCUUUUGAAGAAAUGCGGAAGAGACUAGAAGAACAGCACGCCCAGCAGUUGUCACUACUCAUAGCUGAGCAGGAGAAGGAGCAGGAGAGAUUGCAAAAGGAAAUAGAAGAACAGGAGAAAAUGUUAAAAGAGAAGACGAUGGACGUCUCUGAAUUGAGCCUUAACAAUGCAGUAGAGUUAGAAUGGAGAAAAAUAAGUGACCCCGGUUUGCUAGAAACCAUGCUGUCUCAAGUGGACUCAUUCCACACUUCAAAUAGCUCUGGUUUCACAAAUUCUGCCCUACAAUAUAGCUUUGGUUCUGCAAAUGAAGCACCAUUCUACCUUUGGGGAGCAUCAGCGAGCGGUGUGGCCAGACUCUCAGUAGCAAGGCCUUUUGGAAGGGCCCACACUAGGUGGCCUCAGGUUUUUAGUCCAGAACUCCAGGCAAAAUUUAACAGAAUCACUGCAGUGGCAAAAGGAUUUCUUACUCGUAGGCUGAUGCAGACGGAUAAGCUGAAGCAGCUUCGGCAGACUGUGAAAGAUACCAUGGAGUUCAUAAGAAGCUUCCAGUCAGAAGCACCAUUAAAGAGAGGCGUAGUUUCAGCACAGGAUGCAUCGCUGCAGGAAAGAGUGUUAGCACAGCUGCGAGCUGCCCUGUAUGGUAUUCAUGACAUAUUCUUUGGAAUGAAUGCAGCUGAGAGAAUGUCUAUCCUACGUCACGAUCGAGAAGCCCGCAAGGAGAAGAUGCUCAGGCAGAUGGAUAAAAUGAAAAGUCCCCGAGUGGCUCUUUCAGCUGCAACACAGAAGUCUCUUGAUAGGAGGAAGUUCAUGAAAGCUGCUGAAAUGGGAAUGCCAAAUAAGAAAUUUCUGGCUAAACAAAAUCCUUCUGAGACAAGAGUCCUUCUGCCAAACCAAGGACAGAAUGCACCUGUUCAUAGGCUACUUAGUAGACAAGGCACCCCUAAGGCCUCAGUGAAGGGGGUUGUGCAAAAUAGACAGAAGCCUUCACAGAGCAGAGUGCCUAGCACAGCGCCUGUUUCAGGAGUAUGUGCAGGAAAAAUCCAAAGAAAGCGGCCAAAUGUUGCGACAAUUUAAGAAGACAGCAUUCAUUAGGGUAAAAGUGGGGAUAAGUUCCUUCCCAAGACUUGUAAUGGAACCCUGAACUGUGUACACAGCAAGGUGACAGCAAGGGCCCAGUGAGCAUCUGGACGCUCCUGCUCUGCUCUCUUCUCUUUGGAAACUUGGUCUGGGUGAAACGAGUUAGUGGUAGUGUUUGUCUCAUCUCUGUGCUCAAGCUACACAAACGUGUUUUAUGUUCCCAGAUGUCUAUAGAAACUCUUUUUGAAAACUUAAAAGGACAUUUGGAUUU